UACGACGGAAGCCCCGUUGCGUCAUGGGACAUGUAGGAAAUAGGAGAAUAGACAAGACGGCUUGACACUGGUCGAGCAACACCCUUCGUCAACCCCGCGCUUUCCCACUAGCGUGUCGGUGUUAAUGGCAUGUAAAGUGGGAAGAAGAAAUAACCCCCCUGUAACUCGGACGCACACACAAUUUAGCAACAAUGGGUGGCGAGAACGUGAGUCUGGUGUUCAAACUGUACUGCCUGACUGUGAUGACACUGGUGGCCGCCACAUACACGGUGGCUCUGCGGUACACAAGGACCGUCUCAUCCAGUAAUCUGUACUUCUCCACCACGGCCGUGUGCAUCACCGAGGUCAUGAAAUUAAUACUAAGCACUGUGAUGCUGGCGAAAGAAUCAGGUAGUCCAAAGAAGCUGGUGAGCACCAUCAACGAGCAUGUUUUCUGCAACACAAGAGAGCUGCUGAAAUUGAGUGUACCCUCAGUCGUGUACGCCAUCCAGAAUAACAUGGCUUUCCUGGCGUUGAGUAAUCUGGAUGCUGCAGUUUAUCAGGUGACGUAUCAGCUGAAGAUCCCGUGCACAGCGCUGUGCAUGGUCAUCAUGCUGAGGCGCUCUCUCAGCAGGUUGCAGUGGUUCUCCAUCUUUAUGCUCUGUGGAGGGGUCACACUCGUGCAGUGGAAGCCUGUAGAUGCCACCAAAGUCCCAAUUGAGCAAGACCCUUUGCUUGGCUUCAUGGCCAUCGCUAUUGCUGUCCUGUGCUCCGGGUUUGCAGGUGUGUACUUUGAGAAGGUCCUGAAGAGCUCUGACACAUCCUUGUGGGUGAGAAACAUUCAGAUGUACCUAUCAGGCAUAGUGAUCACCCUGGUGGGCGUGCUCUUAACCGACGGCGAGAAGGUCUUAGAGAGAGGCUUCUUCUUUGGUUACACGCCCUGGGUGUGCUUUGUCAUAUUCCUGGCCAGCGUGGGAGGUCUGUACACGUCUGUUGUGGUGAAAUACACAGACAACAUCAUGAAGGGCUUCUCUGCUGCAGCCGCCAUAGUUCUCUCCACUGUGGCAUCCAUUGUCUUGUUUGGACUGCAUAUAACAAGCACAUUUGCAUGUGGAGCCAUCUUGGUGUGUGUGUCCAUCUAUCUGUACGGCCUUCCAAAGCAGGAGACCCCAGAAGAUGGCAACAAGGAGUUCAAACAGAAACUGAUUAGUGUGUGAGCUCCACCGAGGAGAAGGAACCCACUUGGACUGAGUAGAGAGAGAGAGUCUCUUUUCUUUCUUCUAACGAACACCGUUUAUCAGUUUGCUACUUUUUUUUUCUUGAAAUAAUGCAAGUUCUGUUAAAAUCAAGAUGAUUUGAAGACACCUUUUUACUGGGCGACCUGUCAGCUGAUAUUGAAUACAAAGAAUAUUACUGGUAUUUUGGUGCCUUCAAAUGAUCUUAGAGACAUAUCUUGUGUAAUGUAGAUAAGCAGUGUGAGUUUAAACUGGAGGGAGGAGCCAAAGCAUGUUUGGAUUUCACUGCAAACAGGCAGCACUUAACCAAGGUCUAGCUGGAAGAUGAAGCACUGUAGCACUGCAUGGGCAGGUCCAAAGAGAGUAAGCACUGAGUGUUUAGCUUUGUAAUCAUAAAGACUGACCUAAGGCUAUGUCCACACGAAUAUGGAAACGUACGUUGUUCUUUUUUUUUGUCCUUAAAAACAGACUCAAACCCUCUGGCUUCAGUGUUUGUCUGUGGAUGGGAAAAACUGAGCUUUUUGGCUUGUUUCAUAAGACAUGUGCAACAUGAUUUCAUGGUUUUAAACCUUGUUUAAAGGUCAUCCAGACACCAAUAAUGUGAGGCAAUGGCACAUGCCUUCAAGAUAAUAAAUACAGCACUGUGCUCUGUAGCCCCUUAAGCUGUCACGUCAUACCAGUAAAACAUCGUGCAAGGACGCUUGUUAGCAUAUUUUGUGUAAUCGCCUGUUAACACCAUGAGAGUUGUAAGCACAUUUUUUGAAGUUUUUGGAGAGAAUGCCAAGACUUUGUGUCACGGGAGGGUGCAGUAAAGGCGAGGCUCACGAUGUUCUCCUCAUUAAUUGGCUGGAAGACGAAAAUGCUGAGCUGGACACAAAAAGCCAUCUAAUUGGUCGUCAUGCUCGGCGCAUUUCAAGAGGAUUGCUUUGAGGAAGUUUAUAGUGUUGCCAGAGAGCUGGGAUAGAAGGCAAGACUGAAGCCUUAAGCUGUGCCUUGCAUAAAAUAUCUUGUACAUCUUGUAAAAUACUUAUAAUAACCGACCUUAUGCCUGUAACAUGUUCAUUAAUAUUAUUGAUUGGGAACAAAUACAAAUUCUAUUAUGCUGAGCUUGAACACAACUCACAAGGCAACACAAGACUGCAGCAGCAGCCGUACUCCUUCACAGCUCUAUACCAAGUUGAUGAAGACCACCAAUUUUGAAAUUAAAUUGCUCAAGCUCCCUGCGGCGUACAGCAUUUUGUAACGUGUCCUGUUUGGGAUAACCUUUAACAGAACAUGAAGUGAUUGACUUAAACAUGUUGGUUUAAUUUCAUACAGCAGUGGACACGUGUGAGUGUACCGUAUAACAUGCAUGGGCGGUUUAAAAGAAGCAUUCAUGUUGUCUCCUGGCCUUUGUGUAAGCAAGUGCCCAUUUUAAAGAUAAUGUACAUCUAAUAUCUCACCAUAUUGAUGACCAGAGGCGCGUUUUCAGGCUUCUGAUUGGCCAAAACACGCAUGAAAGCUAGUGAAUUUGUUUUUAUGAGGCCAGAAAUCUUUUUCAAACUUCACUCGUGUGGAUUGAGAAGCAGGGCAAAUGUGAGUUUUUGAAAAUAUCCAUGUUUGUGUGGACAUAGCCUAAACUUGAAGUUGUGACACACUGAUCAUUUAUAUGAAAACCUCACUGUUGCAGCGUUAAGACACAAUAAGGACCAACAACUGCAGUGCUGAUUCCCCCCCCUCAAAACUAGAUGGGUCAAGUAUUCUACCAGUCCAUAGCAAUCAGUGAUCAUGUUUUUUUAAUGAAAGGGUUGGGUCCUCAAAUAGCAGUGUAAUAAUUUAUAUUAUUGUUACGAGCUGUCUUUUUUUACCUUGUCAGUCCAGUUGGCUGUAAAUAAAGACUUGAGACUGUGUAAAGCUUUUCAUACUUGUACCACUGUAAAUAUCGAUACGAUUGUAAAUAUCUCUUCUCUCACAGCAGUUUUUAAUUAAAACUGAAUGGAAAUGCACACAUUUACACACAAGCUGCCACUGAAUUGAUUCCAAUUCAAGAGUGUAUUGUUCAGGAAAUAGGCAAGUGGAGGACUACGCGGGUUCAAUGUUAUUUUUUGCUACACUGAUGGUUUCCUUAGAAGUCAGCAAACCAGCAAAACCAGUCCAAAGAGUGACAGGUUGUUGAUUUGCAUUACCAGUUCAUAACCACCCAAUUACAAAUUGCACUUUUUGUAUUAUUUUAUUGACUAAUGAGUUAAUUAUUCAUAUUUACAUUUUGUCAACUGGUGUGAUGCCAAGAAUCCUCAUCCCAUUGGCCAGAACCAAGCACGACCCGCUGAAAAGUCGUAGCCUUGCCUGUUAGCGUUCAGAAAAUGAUAAAAGUUCACUUGGUCGUCGUUUAAGAUAAUUAGGUAUACUGUACAGUGAUUGUUGCUGAAGAUCAGCAGUUUCUUGUCACCGCCUAUUAUAGCAACAAAAAUGGUGACGGCCAAAGGUCUAUUGUUUUCACACAUUGUUCGAUGUUAUGGUUUUGAAGUUAGCUAUGUCAAAAGUCGAGACAUUUUUAUCAUUCUGACAGGCACAAUUUUCAGCAAAUCGCAUUAAACUUUCACCAUA